AUGGGUCAGUGCCUCGCGCCAUCCACGAGCCCUUCCCUCGACAUGGCAGAGGAGAAGCCUUCGCUCCCAGCUGACUACGUGGUGCCCAAGGUGUGGGAGUACAAGGAGCAGGGCGGGCAAUUCGGUGGCACGAAUCGGCCCUAUGCGGGCGCUUGGGGCGAGGACAAGCCUCUCCCCAAGGGGGAGCACAAGAUCCAGCUCUACUCCAUGGGAACGCCGAAUGGGGUGAAAGUCACCAUCCUGCUGGAGGAGUUGGUUGAACUCUUCCCGGAUUUCGAGUACGAUGCAUGGCUGAUUCCCAUCAACGGCGUGCAGUUCACCUCUGGCUUCCAUGCAAUCAACCCAAACUCCAAGAUCCCCGCGAUGGUGGACCACUCAACGGACAAGCCGGUCCGGGUGUUUGAGUCUGGCUCCAUCCUCAUGUAUCUUUGCGACAAGUUUGACAAGGAUGGCGUCUUCUUGCCGAAGGAGUAUCCCGCCAGGGCCGAGGUGCAGAACUGGCUUAUGUGGCAGAUGGGCUCCGCACCGUUCAUCGGAGGAGGUUUUGGGCACUUCUACAACUACGCUCCUGUGAAGAUUCAGUACGCCAUCGACCGCUACAGCAUGGAGACCAAGAGGCUUCUUGAUGUCCUCGACAAGCACCUGGGGGAUGGCAACAAGAAGUUCAUUUGCGGAGACCAGUACACCAUUGCUGACAUGGCAGUUUGGCCGUGGGUGGGCUGGUUGAUGCUCGGAAAGAUCUACGGUGCAGCUGCAGACUUCUUGCAAGUGCAGGAGUACAAGAACCUCAUGGAGUGGGCCAAGCGCGUUGCAGAGCGACCCGCAGUGAAGCGUGGGAACAUGGUGAAUCGCCCGUUCGGAGAAAAGUCCGAGCAGCUGCACGAGCGACAUGCGCGCAGUGACUUCGAGACCAAGACACAGGACAAGCUGGAAGCUGCUUCUGCGU